CUUGAGCAUCAUAAGAGAGAAGGUUUCAGAUCUGGACCUCCUCAUCCGAGUCCUGCUCUUCUUGUUCCCUCGUCUUCAAUCUCGUAGAGCUCGCGGACCGGAAGCGAGCUUCCACUCUUCAACAUGGCUCUCCCAAAACUUCCCAAGAUCUACAACCCGCUGUUCGUGGCGCUCAUCGCCACGGUCGGCGGCAUGCUCUUCGGCUUCGACAUCUCCUCCAUGUCGGCCAUCAUCGGAACGGAACAAUACAACACCUACUUCAACCGGCCGGCGGGGAUCACACAAGGUGCCAUCGGCAGCGCCCUGGCCGCGGGAUCCGUCAUUGGAUCUGCCAUCGCCGGCCCGAUCUCCGACCGAAUCGGUCGUCGGGAUUCCAUCAUGUUCGCCUGUCUCUGGUGGUUCGCGGGGACGAGCGUUCAAGUCGCGUGUAACGGUGUGGGUUCUUUGAUCGCGGGCCGCGUGAUCAAUGGCGUGUGUGUCGGGAUCACGAGCUCGCAGGUCCCCGUCUACCUCGCGGAGAUCGCGAAGAAGGAGAAACGAGGACAGUUGAUUGUCGUGCAGCAACUCGCCAUCGAAUGGGGCAUUCUUAUCAUGUACUUCGUCGGCUUCGGCUGCAGCUUCAUCCCGGGCCCGGCUUCCUUCCGCACAACAUGGGGCAUCCAAUUCGUGCCCGCCGUCUUCCUCGCCAUCGGCCUCCCCUUCCUCCCUCGUUCGCCGCGCUGGCUGGCGAAAAUGGACCGUACGGAAGAGGCCAUCAGGACCCUGGCCAACAUCCAAGCGGGCGGGAACAUCGAUGACCCCCUCGUCGUCGCCGAGUGGGAGGAGAUCGUCACCACUUUGAACGCCGAACGGAACGCCCUCCCUGGCUGGCGGAAGUUCUUCUAUAACGGCAUGUGGAAACGCACGAUGGCCGGGUUCACGGUGCAGAUGUGGCAGCAGAAUUCAGGUGCCAACGUCAUGACCUACUACGUCGUCUACAUCUUUUCCAUGGCGGGCUUAAGCGGGAACAUAAAUCUUGUCGCUUCAGGCGUUCAGUACGCCCUCUUCAUAAUCUUCACGACCAUCAUGUUCUUCUACAUCGAAAAGACCGGUCGCCGGACCCUGCUGAUCUACGGCGCCCUCGCCAUGGGGGCCUGCCACUUCGUCGUCGGCGGCCUCCUCUCCGCGGGCGAAUACGUCCCCGGCGGCGUGGACAACAACCCGAACGUCGUGAUCCGCCUCACGGGCCCCAAGGCCAACACCGUCAUCGCCUUCUCGUAUCUGCUCAUCAUCGUCUACGCCAUGACGCUGGCGCCCGUGUGUUGGGUGUACGCGGCCGAGGUCUGGUCGCUGGAGACGCGCGCGACGGGCAUGGGCAUUUCGGCGAUUGGGAAUUGGCUGUUCAACUUCGCCCUCGGCCUCUACAUCCCCCCCGGCUUCAUCAACAUCCGCUGGGGCAUGUUCCUCGUCUUCGGCGCCAUGUGCCUGCUCGCCGCCGCCCAGUUCUACUUCACGUACCCCGAGACGGCGCACAAGUCCCUCGAGGAGAUCGAGUCGCUGUUCGCCUCCGGCGGCCCCAAGCCCUGGAAGACCCGGCCCGGCCAAUCCUCGCUCGACGCGAGGGUCGUCGAGGUCGAGGAGAAGGCGAGGACGAUGGGGGAGAGGAUCGAGGUCGUGGGUGGGAAGGAAAGCCUUUGAGGGGAUGGGGAUGGGGAUGGGGACGGGGAUAGGGGGUGGAAUUGAAUGUAAGAGUGCAUUUUUCAACAAGUAUCCCGGUCUUUAUGCUGUUCUCGUGUCUCCUUCUUUCUCCAUGCCAAACCCAUGAAAGGGGCCCUCUCGCUUACCUUCAGAAAGCUUUCACCAACUAGCAUCCCUCCAUCUGUACAUGUCUUUCUUCUCUUUGGCAGCCGGAAACAGAGAACCCGUCGAUUUCUUCCCCCUCGCCUGGGGGAGAAGAAAACAAUCACGCCACGCCAAAAACAAAAAGGGAGGGAAACUGGGAAGGAAACAGAAAUAAUCAAACAAAAAGAAAAUUAAGAAAGUAAGAGACGG